GGACUAGAUGGGACUAAUUCGUUGAUAACCGUACAUUUAGGGACUCAUAAAGAUGCUGGUGCUGCGCCGUCGCUUGCUAUCGCUGCAGCGCUCCACACGGGUGUUCUCUAGUGCUUCCGAGUCGCUGUCGCUGUCGCUGUCGCUCUCGCGCUUGUCGCACCAGAGUCGCGUGCAGUUUCAGGCGGGAGAUGCGGCGCGUACUGAAGUGGAGAUUGUGCCGGUUUUGAGCGCAGACGACUUUGCUCUGCGUGUCACCACAGCUUCAGACAGCUCUAUAGACGUACAGAGUCUGUUCGAUCUGCAAGAAGAGGCUGUUGAGGGUGCAGUUGGCGGUGCUGAGAGCGUCAAAGCGCUGCGUAUCUCCAAGAAGAGCGUCGUGGACGCCAAACUGCAGCUUCUACUGCCACACACAGUAGAUCUGAACUUGGCAGUGGCUAACGGCAGCGUCACACUCAAGGACAAAAUUGAGGGAGACAUCAAGGUGGUUUUAGGUCGCGGAGACAUCGAAGUGAACAAAGUACGAGGCACCAACGUGAGCUUGAAGACCAAUGGAGGGAAGAUCGACGUGUUGGCGCUGGUGGAAGGCGAGAGGGUGAGGCUGGAGGCCAAUGAAGGCGUCAAAUGCAAACGUCUGAUGGCUGGAAAAGCCGAGGUGAAGUUGGGCAAAGGAGAGGCCUCGGACUCGGAGUUUGGCGCGAUCUACGCGUCGACAUGCAACGUCGCGUCAACGAACCAGUCUGGACGAUCAACGUUACGUGUGGGCAAUAUACAUGGCUACCUGCGAGUGUCGAGUGAAGGGCUCAACAGUGUGGAAGUGGACAGCGUGACUGGAGCUCUGGAGGUGGAAGACAGCGGCGACAAAUGCAACGUCGUAGCGCACUUUGACUCGUGGACUAACGACGCCUCCAGCAGUAUCCUCGUGGGUGGAGAUGUGCGUGUUUCGCUCCAACCAGCAGCAGCGAUCGAUGUGGAACUGCACGGCACGAAGGUCACAGUUGGUAAAGACUGUGAGUUUGUCAGUAGUGAGAUGGAUCAGCUGGAUGAAGACUACGCUGUCUUUACUGGCGAGCUUCGUGCUCAAGACGGAGCCAUCGCAGCGGUGUCGAGUUCUUCGGGUAAGAUCAAUAUGGACAGCGCCAAGGACGAUGCAAUGCGCACAUCAUUCUUUAUGAAAGAGAAUGCCACCGACGACGAGGAAGCCAGGACCCCGAGACUGUUUGUCCACGCGCUUAGCGGUGAGGUGGCAUUGGACCAACUCAACUGGAUGGACAAUAUCAAGCGCAAGCACCUUAAGAGAUGAGAAAGUUAAAGGCACAAUGAAUCGGUCUUGUCCACUGUGACUCUGUUCAAGAAGUUUCGUGCACUUAUUGUAUCACUGUAGUUGUUCAGGUGCUUUUUCCCAUGAUCUAUAUAGUAUCUCGAAAUGCAUGAAAGCCC